UUUGGUAGGAUUCAUGGUCUGAAGUCUGGAAAAACACUGAAGGAAUUUAGAGGUCAUACAUCAUUUGUUAAUGAGGUAACAUUUACACAAGAUGGACAUUACAUUUUGAGUGCAUCAUCGGAUGGUAGUGUAAAGAUCUGGAACGUGAAAACAACAGAGUGUGCAAAUACCUUCAAGUCAUUGGGCAGCUCUGCUGGUACCGAUAUCACAGUGAACAGCGUACACCUGCUGCCAAAGAAUCCUGAACAUUUUGUAGUGUGUAACCGGUCAAAUACAGUAGUCAUUAUGAAUAUGCAGGGCCAGAUUGUGAGGAGCUUUAGCUCUGGUAAAAGAGAGGGAGGUGACUUUGUGUGCUGCUGUCUGUCUCCACGUGGUGAAUGGAUCUAUUGUGUUGGUGAAGACUUUGUGCUGUACUGUUUCAGUACAGUGACUGGAAAGCUGGAAAGAACAUUGACGGUUCAUGAAAAAGAUGUUAUUGGAAUUGCUCAUCAUCCACAUCAGAACUUGAUUGGCACCUACAGUGAAGAUGGUCUCCUUAAACUCUGGAAACCUUGAAGGAAUAGUACUAAUGGUUUUGUUUUUUAAACCUUUAUCUACUGAUAGCUAUAACUGAAAGCUUUCUCUAGAAUAUCCUGUUUUGUACAAUUUUAAACCACCAUUUUGGUUUCAAAAAACACAUUCCUUAUUGCAGGUGUAUAAUGUUUGACAUCGAUUUGCUGAACCUCAGUUAAGGCAUGUAAUUAAUGCACAUAGUAACAGGUUCUGCAGUGUCUUUAGGGUGUUUUUGUUGAAGAGCCAAGAUCAUUGUAGAGUUCAACAGCAAGGAGUUUUAAAAUAAAUGCAACAUUUUGAAGGUGA